CAGACCAAUUCAAACUCUCAAUUCGCCUGAAAUUCAUACAAUCGAUGCUUCCAUUGUUCCACCCUCAUCUGAUUUCUGAAUAACAGAGAGGAAUUCAUAGCAUUUCUGUAUGUAAAUGCAUCUGAAGAAAUCUGAAGAACAAGUGAUUAAUAAGAUCGGAGAAGAAAGCAGUACGAGGGAUUGCUUCUCUUCCGAUUUCCGUCCAACCCCACUUCCGUCUUACCCUCUCCACCAAAUCCAGACCCCAGGAAGAAAUCGAAACUACCCUCAAUCAUCAACCUCACAAGGGUUUGCUUUCUCCCUUCCGAACAAACCUUCCCACCUUACCAUCCAAAUUCCACCCAACCCACCAUCUAUACCGACCCUGAACCAGCAUGAAGCCUUCUUUAAUUCCCCAAGUUUUGCGCUUCUCUCAACGCCACACAAGAGGUCUGUGAUGACCCAAACACUGGCGAAGUCGCCUACUCUUUCUUCUCUCAAGAACCAUGCCCACCUUGGCCGUAAAGAUUCUACCUUUUCCCAGCCCUUUUCUUGUUCUGGGUGUUUCUCCAUUCCAUUUGAUGCACAACAAGUUGCUGACACUCUCAUUCGCCAUUUGAGUGGUGCCCGUUUGAUUUGUUUCCAACUGCGCUUUCUUUUCCUGUUUUCAUUGGGUUCCAUUUACUUCCUUGUGUCUAAUCCUGGUCGAUUUUUUUUCCUCAAUUUCCUUUUCUUACUCGCUUUCUCGCUUACCCUUUUGAUUUCUCUCAAUAUUGGGCUCCCUCGCCUUGCUUCGAUUCGAUUACUACUUGCUCAUUCUUUGCCGAGUAAAUUCAGCUCAUUUGGUUCAUCUUCGAAGUCUUCAAGAUCUGUGGUAUGGUCAAUUGGGUCGAAGCCAAAAUCCGAAAGGAAGACGGGUUCCGGAUCUUGGGUGCAGGCCUACAGUAAUGGGAACGUAUAUGAGGGUGAAUUUCAUAAAGGGAAAUAUUCAGGGAGCGGGGUUUAUUAUUAUUAUAUGAAGGGGAGGUAUGAGGGGGAUUGGAUUGAUGGGAAAUAUGAUGGCUAUGGUGUGGAAACAUGGGCAAAAGGGAGCCGAUACCGAGGGCAGUAUAGACAGGGGUUGAGGCACGGACUUGGAGUGUAUAGGUUUUACACGGGUGAUGUUUAUGCAGGGGAGUGGUCUAAUGGGCAGUGUCAUGGGUGUGGAGUGCAUUCUUGUGAGGAUGGCAGCAGGUAUGUAGGGGAGGUCAAGUGGGGUGUUAAGCAUGGCCUUGGUCAUUACCAUUUCAGAAAUGGAGACACAUAUGCUGGGGAAUACUUUGCAGACAAGAUGCAUGGCUACGGUGUUUAUCAAUUUGGUAAUGGGCACCGGUAUGAGGGAGCUUGGCAUGAGGGAAGAAGGCAGGGGCUUGGUAUGUACACUAGAAAUGGCGAGACACAAUGUGGUCACUGGCAAAAUGGGUUUAUUGAUCUGCCUAGCUCACAAAACACACAUACUGGAUCUGUCACCUCCGUCAGACACUCCAAAGUCCUUGAUGCUGUCCAGGAAGCCCAGCGAGCUGCUGAGAAAGCUUUUGAGGUGGCAAAGAUUGAUGAGAGAGUGAACAAAGCAGUUGGGGCAGCAAACAAAGCAGCGAAUGCUGCUAGAGUCGCAGCUGUGAAGGCUGUCCAAGAGCAGAUGCAUCAAAAUAACAGUGAUAUCCUGCCCACUGCAAUUGUCUGAUACCAGAAGGCCACCAGGCUUCAAAUGCUGGGACAAUGGAACAUUUUCCUUCACUUUCUUUAACUGAUCCUUUCAACGUUUUUUGGCAUUGGUUUAGUAUUUUCUUUAUAUUUCUUUUCAAGGAUGGUAAAUGGAAGCACGUGCUUGGAACCACAUUCAGCCACUGAAGAAGGUUGAUUGUGGAGCGAGAUGAGGGCUUUCUGCUACCUUGUGUUUUUGGCUCAAGUUAUAUGUACAUAGCUUGAUUUUUGAAGCUAUGGAUGUAAGGCAAUGAGGUGCCAAGGUUAAAAGCCCUUAAACUUUUGUCUUUUCAUCUUUUUUAGUUAAUGUAAUCCAUGGUAAUCUACUUCCUCAGUCCACGGAUAGGCGGGAUGUGUAUCAGACCAUCCACUUCUCCAUGUAAUAUACGAACUAUAAUUGGUCAUGGUGAUACAUUAGAUGUGCUUAGGCUUUCCUUUCCUACCACCAUACGCAAGACUAGUAAAUCUCAGUUAGAGGU